UGGCGCACCAACACGACACCUUGCAAUGGAAUGAAUCCUUUCUCUCGUCAUUGCAGGAUUGUAAAACCAAGGGGUUUUUUUCACACCCGUUUUUAUUUGGUACCUUGCAUAUUUUUUCCUUUACUCCGGUGCAAUGGGGACGAGCUACUACGUUGACACGCGCAUUCUUUCGGAGCAAGAAGAAAUGGCACCGAUGAGGUACUCAACCUCUGCAGGAAUGGAGCAGGCGGCGCACACAGAAUAUGGCGGACAGGAGCCGAAAUCCUCUAUUUUCAGUGGAUCCUGGAGUACCAUCGCGGCGCAUCCUCCCAACGCAUAUGUACAUCAUCAAUACAGCGGGGAAGCCGAUGGCAUGUUUGCGCGUUCCUGGGCGUUGGACCCGGUCUCUGCGUCGCUGUGUUUGACGGGAAUCCCGUCUGCAGCCGCGCAUUACGAGACAAAGCCCGAGCCGCUGCUCGGUGGUGCCGAAUGCACGACUCUGGAGACGCACGCACCGCUUUUGUCUGACAUUGAAAACGGAGCUUCCCUCACGGGGGUUCCCUGCGAUACAUCCCCCACAUCUUCAGCCAGCGACGACAAGCUGACGGCAGAGAAAAGGGAGGCGGUUGAUGCAAACAACCCGUCGUCCAACUGGCUGCACGCAAAGCCGACCAGGAAAAAGCGCUGCCCCUACACCAAGCACCAAAUCCUCGAACUGGAGAAAGAGUUUCUCUUCAACAUGUACCUCCCCCGGGAGCGCAGGUACGAAGUGGCAAGGCUCCUGAAUCUGACAGAGAGGCAGGUGAAAAUCUGGUUCCAGAACCGCAGAAUGAAGAUGAAGAAGGAAACCAGAGACAGAAGGAAAGACAGCUAGUGCCCAUUUGCGUUUAAACCUGGUGGAGGGGGAUGGAAGAGGGGCGGAGAGGGGAACUUAUAAUUCCUGGUACGUGUUGUUGUAAAUUAGUGUUGUUAAAACAACGCUGCGUGUCCAUUCUCCCUCUCUCCCCACACUGAUUUUCCGUGAUUGUGUCUCGUGGUGGAUUUAGUAUUUUUGCGCACACAGUGUGUUGACUCUGUAGGCCGUCUAUGAUUUGCAUGAACCUUUACUUGACUACCUAGCCUAUCGAUAUCCCUCAGCUACCUAUCUGCAUUGAUUAACUUAUUUUUUUAUUUUAUUUUUAUUGUUAUUAUUGCGGCCUUUUGUGUUUAAAUGUUUGGAUGCAUUUGUGAAAACCCUGCGCACACUUGAAAUACCUCACAUGUACUGAUUUUAUUUAAAAUAAAGUGUAGUUUGUAUCAUACAUUUGGACGUGUUAUGUCACAGUGAGUCGGCCAAAAAUAAAACACAAAUUCAAAAGA